AUGUUUUCUUGUUUCUGUUUCAGCAUUCAGGACAAGUCCUUCAACACGACAGCUUUAGCAGAGUGUGACGGAUAUUCAGACUCUGUGCAUGAAGAUCAAGCAGGCAGUUCCAGUCCCAGAGAUGAUGAUAACAAAGAAAAUUACCCGGACAACUCUGCUGUCUUAGAGGAAAGGCAGCUGCCUUUGCAAGACACUCAGCAGCACAAGCAGCAGGUUGUAAUUGACUGCAGUCUAAAGCCUGAAAUGGGCAACUUAAAGCUGAGGAAACCUAAGCCCAUUGCAAAGAUAGAAAAUGGAAAAAGUCAUGAGGAAAGUCAGGAGCUGGAGUGUGCAUUGCCAGGCGUCUCAGAAUGGCAGGGGAAGGCUGGAUCCUCACCUAAUAACUAUGCACAGAAUGUGGCUUUGAAAUGCCAGGAAGCAGUUGUGAGAUUCCAACCAAGAAUAGAUCAGAACACAAGCAUUUCACCAGAAGAAGCGACUGAUCAAUUAAACAACUUAAAUGCGAAUUCUUUGUUGAAGCUGCAAGCCCUGGAAACUGAUCUGUGCUCUGCGUUUCUGCCAGCCCAGGAGGAAACUCCCCAGCUGCCGGCACCCAAGGACACAGCCCCUUCUCCAGCCCAAAGCAGCGUGCAAGCUGAUGGGGCCAGUUGUGGAGAGCAAUAUCACUUCAUUUCUCCUAUUAUUGAUUUUAAUUUAAUGCAUCAGCAGAGAGAUAGCGAAGAGCCUGUGCCAGCCCACAGGGACUGGCAGAAUGACAUGGAGAGCAGCCCACAGGAACAACACUCCCUAGGGACCAGCCGACUGCUGUAUCACAUCACAGAUGGAGACAAUCCUCUCUUGUCACCACGCUGCUCUAUCUUUAGCCAGAGCCAGAGAUUUAAUCUAGACACAGAGUCUGCCCCUUCUCCACCAAGUGCUCAACCUUUCAUGAUGCCAAGAAGUACUUCCAGGUGUAGCUGUGAAGACUGUAAAGAACCACAGACAGUAACACAACUUACCAAGCAUCUUCAGAGCCUCAAGAGAAAAAUUAGGAAGUAUGAAGAAAAGUUUGAGCAAGAAAAAAAAUACCUGCCUUCGCAUGGUGACAAGACUUCCAAUCCUGAGGUUCUGAAGUGGAUGAAUGCUCUGGCCAAAGGUCGGAAGCAGCUCAAAGAGCUGAAACUCAGAAUGUCAGAAGAGCAAAACUGUACCUCCACAGCACCUCAAAGAAAAGAGCACUGUGAAGGCAGUGGGACCUCAAAAGAGGCUGGCACACAGGAGGCCACAAGCAUGGAACCAGCUCUCUCAGUGGAAGAAACCAUGGACAGUGUGUUGAGACGACUAAAGGAGAAAAGACAACACUUCAACCUUCCUGAGACUAUUAAGGUAACUAAGCAAGAAAAGAGUCUCAUUAAACCUCUUUAUGACAGAUACAGAAUUAUCAAGAAACUUCUGGCUGCUCCAUCUUUAAUCACAACAAUUCAGGAAGAGGAAGACUCAGAUGAAGACCAUUCUCAAAGCAGCCAUGAGUUAUCGUCUGGUCCAAUGACUUGCUUCCCUGUCGAAGAGCAUCUGUGUUACUCACAGGAGGAGAGUGAGCCUGCACGUAUUUCACCUCUGGAUGAAAAGAAAGUUUACAGGCAAACAGCCUUGUCUAUGUCCAAUUUACAUGAGGCAACAAUGCCCGUUCUGCUUGAACAUCUCAGAGAAACAAGAGCUGAUAAGAAGAGACUUCGCAAAGCUCUUCGAGAGUUUGAGGAGCAGUUCUACAAACAGACAGGAAGGAGUCCUCAGAAAGAAGAUCGGGUGCCAAUGGCUGAGGAAUACUCUGAAUACAAGCACACAAAAGCUAAAAUCAGGCUCCUGGAGGUUCUCAUCAGUAAGCAUGAUAUUUCCAAAACGAUUUGAAGAGAAUGCAAUGCUGUGAUAUUGUACUCUAGGAAAAAAAAAAGGAAAAAAGAAAAAAAAAUCCAAGCAAACAAACAAGUAAUGAAAAAGGGAAAGUAGUUUUACAGGUCUUGGUCUGCUGCACGACUAUUUGACACACUGAGAUUUUUGAUGCACUUUACCAAUUGUAGUAACUGUGAUGAGAGAGGACAGCAAUAUGCAAGAAUAUUAAGCACGGGUGAGUGGACUAUAGUAUAUAUUUUUCCUUUUGGAAAAGCCUUGAAGUGCACUGUGAGAAUGUUAAGAAAUUAAAAGGACACUGAAGUAACAUAGAUUCUCAGUUUGACCUGCUUUAAAAGUGCAAGGAAAUGUUCUGCAGGUUUUUAGUACAUCUUAGUACAUGCUAAUGUGCCACACGUUUGUUUCCAGAAAUAACAUGUGUUAUAACUAAUUAGUAAUGUUGGCUAUUAAGGUCUUGAUUCACUAGAUUAAAAUAAGUGAAUUAAUGUGAGUGAAGGAAAAACUCAGAACAUACUCUAGCUGUCAAGGCAGAGUUGCCAUUCAAUUCCAGUGGUUUCAAAGAAAGGAGAAUAGGAAGAAGCAGUGCCAGGGCUGGGAGUAGAGCAGUGAUGCUGCUUAUGCAAGAAAAGGCCAGAACACGACUGUGAAAUGGAACUAGUGGUGUUGUAGGAAUAAGAGAAAGUGCUUGGCAAAAUGUAAUAGCUACAGGUUGCUGAGAAAAGAUGGAACAAAUGUACUGGCUGCUGUCCUUUUUAUUAGUUCACAGGACCUGGCUCACAGAAUUUAAAAGUCAGUAAAUAGAUCAACUACAUGCUAAUUUUGAUUUCUCUAUUAACCUUUGCACUUUGGUUUGCCUGAUGCUAUAACAUUUGCUUCUCUAACUACCAAAGCUCAUUUAGACGCAUGCACUUUGUAAAAUGUUGAGGUACUUCUUGUGUUAUAAACUGCCACAUAUAUAUAUAUAAAAGCAGGACUAGAUUAUUGCAUUAUGCUAAGAUAUUUUGGAUAGAUAAAGUACGUGGUAUAUAAGUGAGUGCCACAGUUAUCUGAUGCGGACUGCUAGACUUCUUAUUUACUGAAAAUAAGGUUAUGAAAAAUUAUUUUUCCCUUGGAAUUACGCAUCUUUCUUAACUUUCAGAGCACCACACUUUGUAAUAUUAAGGAGAAUUGUCAUUAUUUGUGAUAGGCCAUUGGUGUGAAAUGUAUACUAGUAAUAGAAGGAUUAUCAGCAGGUUUUGUACUAGAAACGAAAAGCAGGGAUUCUGGGAAAUUCCUAGCCCAGACAGAAAGGAGGGAAGAAUUACUUAAAGAAAAGAAAAACGUUACUAGAACCAGUUGAAUCAUGUUUAGUGUUUUGCUUUACCCUGUCAUUUUGUAUUGACCACAUAGUAUAAGCAACUUGUUUUCUAUCUUGGUAAGAAGAUUUUGAUUAUAUAAAGCCUAUUACGUACCAACCAUGUUUGUAUUUAUCUAGUAUGUAAUGGCAUGAUUUGGAAGAUGUACACAUCUUCAAGUAUCGAGGAAAAAAUGAAUACUAAAAAAGGAACUUUUUAUUUUGCA